AUGAAGAUUACUGCUACAAUGCCGGAGGCAAGAGACAGAUUAUCGAGGGCAGAGCACCCUAUAGCUACAUACAGACCAAGGUUGAGGUCAAUCACUUUGGGCGGAAAUGCAGGUAGGGGUGAUACUGUAUUUUUUGUUUCGGAAGAUGAGCCUGAGUUGGCACGAGGUAGUGGGACUCCAUUCAGAUGGAGGGACACAAUGAUGACCGGUAUACGUGGAACAGUGGGCGUGGCUGCUGCUAGUGCUGGUGCUUCAAGAAGUGGUCGUGGUGAUCGUAGGAGGGGUAUUCUGGGAACACCAGGAAUUCGGCAGGGCCAGAAUGUUGGCCAAGAAAAUGUUUCUCCAAACGUAGGACGUGGACGGGGAGGGCGUGGAAGUGUGCUACCUUAUUGGUAUCCAAGAACUCCGCUCCGUGACAUCACUUCCGUCGUUAGGGCAAUAGAAAGAAGAUCUCGCUUGAGAGAAGGUGAAGGCCUACAAACUGGGAGUCCUAUUCUCCAGGACCAGCCAGUUCAUUUUCCUUUUCUAUCUACACCAGUUGCUUCACUCGAGCACAAUAUUUCUAUGAUUUCUCCGAAGCCAAUCAUUGGUAGUAGUCGUUGUACAGCAUCGAUUGGUAAGGUGCCCAAAUUAUUGCUUGAUAUCACCAAUAAGAAGGAUGAAGACUCGGGCUGUUCAACUCCUCAGAAAUUGUUGCUGAACUCAAUUGACACGGUCGAGAAAGUAGUGAUGGAGGAGUUGCGAAAACUGAAGAGGACUCCCUCUGCUAGGAAGGCUGAGAGGGAAAAAAGGGUUCGGACUUUGAUGUCGAUGCGUCUGAAUUUUGCUGCUGCUGUUUAUGCAGACAAUGAUUGA